AGGUUCAGCACUUGUUUUCUCCUACACUAUUCUCUUUUCAAUCGCUACAGAAUGAAAAUUUCCGGCAACAUCAGGAUUACUUCUAAAUCUCAGGAAAAGAUCAGAACUACCUGAGGAGAUAUGAGGGAACAUGGAUCUCAAGCAAUGUGUCAUUCUUGGUUUCUUCUGUGUUGUUAUCCUGGUAUCAAUCUCUUUAUCAGAACACUUUGAACUGAGCUCUUCUCCAUCUGCCAAUGGUACUGUGGGUCAGAAUGUGAUACUGCCAUGCCAGAUCUCUCUUGGGAGACAGCCACAGAAUAUGGAAGUUCAGUGGCAAAAAAUUGGUGAUGGUAACGUUAUCAUCUACCAGUUCAAAGCUCCCUCUGGCCCGGAAACAUUUGGGCAAGGCUACAAGUCCCGGAUAGUACUGGCCAAGGAGGGGCUGCCCACAGGAAAUGUGUCUUUGCAGCUAAAGAAUGUGCAAGUUACUGAUGAAGGAAUCUACAGGUGCAUUGUCAAAUCUACUGGCUGGAGUGAUAACACACUAACAGUUCUUCAUGUUGCAGGCAUGGGGAUGGUGUCAAUUGGUAUUUUGGGUCCAGAAGGUGAGGGAAUCAAGCUGACUUGCAGAUCUUCAGGAUGGUUCCCCCAUCCUGAACUACAAUGGCUUAUAAAGGACAAUCAGAGCCAUCCAUUUGAACUUAAGCAGGAUCAUGACCAGUCGUUCAGUGUUUUCAGCUCCAUCACAGUCUUAAGAGGCACAACAGAAGUCACCUGUUUAGUCCAUGUGAGAAGUCAUUUGCAGAUGAAACAGAAAUCCACCAUGUUCCUUUCACAAAAGCGGAAGUAUUCCAUGAAAAGGUGCUUUGAAGAGGAGGAAAAAUUUAUUCAAGCCUCUCAGAAGGAGACCUUGGAAUCAGAAAAUCUGGACCUGCAUAGAAGGCUUGAAAGAGCACGGACUGAAUUUGACUUCAGGAAGGCUCAAAGCUACUUAGUUCAUGUUCAUCUGGAUCCAUGCUGUAAACACCCUGACCUCACAGUGUCGGCAGAUUGCAGCAAAGCACAACACAAUCUCACAUCUUCAGAAGCAUCUGCCACGCCUGGAGCCCUGAUUGUAGUAGGGAAAGAGGGUUUUGGGGAAGGAAAACAGUACUGGCAGGUGGGGGUGUGGGACAAACCAGAUUGGGAACUAGGAGUGCUGACAGAGACCACAAAAGCCGGGUUGAAAAAGCAGGUGUUUGAUGCACUCCAGGAGGGAUAUUGGUCCCUAAAAAAAUCAAAUGAGAAGUAUCACCCAGAAGAGGCAGAUCGUGAAAUCGGUGAGUUUUCUGUUAAGCCUCAAAUGAUUGGGGUUUAUCUGGACUGUGAAGACCACACCUUGUCAUUCUAUAGUAUAAACAGUAUGAUAGCCAUUGUGAAGAUUCCUAUGGACACUUCUGAGAAGCUGUAUCCAUUCUUCAGCCCAGGUCACUCUAAAGUGGGAGACAAGGUGGAACCCCUCAGCAUCUGCCACAACAGAGACUGGGAUUUCCCUUCACAAUUAGGUCAACAAAAUCUCUCUCGCAGUUCCAGUAAUGAUGAAGAGUUCUCCACAGACUGAAGGAAAAUUCAAAAUCUGUAAUAAUAAAAGAACCCAUCUUUCUGUCUAGGGCAGGCGUAACGCACCAGAAACUAAAGCUAAGAGCUUCAAAAUUGGCCACUGGCUUCCAAAUAAUGAAGGGAAUUGCAGUGCCCAAAAUAAAAGGAACUGAAACAUCCUGGUAUUUACAAUGGAAGCAAAGGUUUACUCACAAGAAGCCAGUAAGGGAAAGCAGCACAGACAGGGAGGCUGGAAAACAUGCUCCAUGUGAUAAAAAAACAACGUAUGUGACAAAAAUUCAGGUCCAGUAGCACCUUAAACACUAAAAAUAUCCCUUCUGUGACAAAAAAAAAAAACCUGACCUGACCUGACCUGACCUGACCUGACCUAUCAGAGCCUGUGUGAUACAGUGAUUAGAAUGUCAGGUUAGGAGGACCAAAGAGAUCCAAGUUUGGCCACAGAAGGUUUCUGGCUGACUUUGGGGUAGUCACACUGUUUCAGCCAGACCUAGGCCAAUUCCAGACGGCCCUCCCCAUGCCAAAACGUCGUGCGUCGU